ACUCCUGUUUCAGAGACACCACUGGCUAGAGAGAGCAGCAAGCAGAGCAGGCUCCCCUCUGCCUGAGACCUGUCGGGCUGUGGGCUGUGGGCGCUCUCUUUCCCUCUCUUGCCCCUUUCUUUCCUUUUUCUUUCUUUUUUUUAGUUGAAAAUUUUUCCAAGGCAAGUUCAUGGAUAAGCUGAUGCGUUUGUUGUUCUUUUUCUGUCUGCCUCUGCUCCUAGUGAGUAACCACACUGGUCGCAUCAAGGUGGUCUUUACUCCGAGCAUCUGUAAAGUGACCUGCACCAAGGGUAACUGUCAGAACAGCUGCCAGAAGGGGAAUACCACGACUCUCAUUAGUGAGAACGGCCAUGCAGCCGACACCCUGACAGCCACGAACUUCCGAGUGGUAAUUUGCCAUCUUCCAUGCAUGAAUGGUGGCCAGUGCAGUUCAAGGGACAAAUGUCAGUGCCCUCCAAAUUUCACAGGAAAGCUUUGCCAAAUUCCUGUCCUUGGUGCCAGUGGGCCUAAACUCUAUCAGUACUCCCAGCAGCCAGGAAAGGCAUUGGGGACACAUGUCAUCCAUUCCACACACACCUUGCCUCUGACCAUGACGAGUCAGCAAGGAGUCAAAGUUAAAUUUCCCCCCAACAUAGUCAAUAUCCAUGUGAAGCAUCCUCCUGAGGCUUCCGUCCAGAUACACCAGGUUUCCAGAAUUGACGGCCCAAUGGGCCAGAAGGUGAAAGAAGCUCAACCAGGCCAGCCGCUAGUCUCAUACCAAGGCCUUCCUGUCCAGAAGACCCAGACAGUACAUUCCACCUACUCCCACCAGCAGGUCAUUCCACACGUGUAUCCUGUGGCCGCUAAGACACAGCUUGGACGAUGCUUCCAGGAAACCAUUGGGUCACAGUGUGGCAAAGCACUCCCUGGCCUUUCAAAGCAAGAAGACUGCUGUGGGACAGUGGGGACCUCCUGGGGCUUUAACAAAUGCCAGAAAUGUCCCAAGAAGCCAUCCUAUCAUGGAUAUACUCAAAUGAUGGAAUGCCUACAAGGAUAUAAGCGGGUUAACAACACAUUUUGUCAAGAUAUAAAUGAAUGUCAGCUACAAGGUGUAUGCCCUAAUGGUGAGUGUUUGAAUACCAUGGGCAGCUACCGAUGUUCCUGCAAAAUGGGAUUUGGACCCGAUCCUACCUUUUCAAGUUGUGUUCCGGAUCCCCCUGUGGUCUCAGAAGAGAAGGGGCCCUGUUACCGCCUUGUCAGUCCCGGAAGGCACUGUAUGCAUCCUCUCUCUGUUCACCUCACCAAGCAGAUCUGCUGUUGUAGUGUGGGCAAGGCCUGGGGACCACACUGUGAGAAAUGUCCCCUCCCAGGUACAGCUGCUUUUAAGGAAAUCUGUCCUGGUGGAAUGGGUUAUACGGUUUCUGGCGUUCAUAGACGCAGGCCAGUCCAUCAGCAUAUAGGUAAAGAAGCUGUGUUUGUCAAGCCAAAGAACACUCAACUUGUUGCUAAAAGUACUCAUCCUCCACCUCUCCCAGCCAAGGAAGAGCCAGCGGAGGCCUUGACCUCCUCGCGGGAACAGCGGCCGGGAAUGGCGGAACCUGAAGUGGUAACAGCACCUCCUGAGAAGGAAAUAACUUCCCUGGAUCAAGAGAAAACCAGACUUGAGCCUGGGCAACCCCAGCUCUCCCCGGGCAUUUCAACUAUUCAUCUGCAUCCACAGUUUCCAGUGGUGAUUGAAAAGACAUCACCCCCUGUGCCUGUAGAAGUGGCCCCUGAAGCUUCCACGUCUAGCGCCAGUCAAGUGAUUGCUCCUACACAAGUAACAGAUAUUGAUGAGUGUCUGACACCAAGCACUUGUCCUGAUGAACAGUGUGUGAACUCCCCGGGUUCUUACCAGUGCAUCCCCUGCACGGAAGGCUUCCGAGGCUGGAAUGGACAAUGCCUUGAUGUGGACGAGUGCCUGCAGCCAAAGGUCUGCACGAAUGGUUCCUGCACCAACCUUGAAGGCUCCUACAUGUGUUCCUGUCACAAGGGCUAUAGCCCUACACCAGACCAUAGACACUGUCAAGAUAUUGAUGAAUGUCAGCAAGGGAACUUAUGCAUGAACGGGCAGUGCAAAAACACCGACGGUUCCUUCCGGUGUACCUGUGGACAGGGAUAUCAGCUGUCAGCAGCUAAAGACCAAUGUGAAGAUAUUGAUGAAUGCCAACACCAUCACCUCUGCUCUCAUGGGCAAUGCAGAAACACAGAGGGCUCCUUUCAAUGUGUGUGCAACCAGGGUUACAGAGCAUCCGCUCUUGGAGACCACUGUGAAGAUAUCAAUGAAUGCCUAGAGGACAGUAGUGUCUGCCAGGGAGGAGACUGCAUCAAUACUGCGGGGUCCUAUGACUGCACAUGCCCAGAUGGAUUCCAGCUAAAUGACAAUAAAGGAUGUCAAGACAUUAAUGAGUGUGCACAGCCGGGGCUCUGCGGUACUCAUGGAGAGUGUCUAAACACGCACGGGUCUUUCCACUGUGUCUGCGAACAAGGGUUCUCCAUCUCUGCAGAUGGUCGCACGUGUGAAGAUAUUGAUGAAUGUGUAAACAACACUGUGUGUGACAGUCAUGGGUUUUGUGACAACACACCUGGCUCUUUCCGCUGCCUCUGUUAUCAGGGCUUUCAAGCCCCACAGGAUGGGCAAGGGUGUGUGGAUGUGAACGAAUGUGAGCUGCUCAGUGGUGUAUGUGGGGAGGCUUUCUGUGAAAACGUGGAAGGGUCCUUCCUGUGUGUUUGUGCGGACGAGAGCCAAGAGUAUAGUCCCAUGACUGGGCAGUGCCGCUCCCGGGCCACUGAAGAUUCUCGUGUAAAUCAUCAACCCAGAGAAGAAAAGAAGGAAUGCUACUAUAAUCUCAAUGAUGCUAGUCUCUGUGAUAACGUGCUGGCCCCCAAUGUCACCAAACAAGAAUGCUGCUGUACGUCAGGUGCUGGCUGGGGAGACAACUGUGAGAUCUUCCCCUGCCCUGUCCAGGGGACAGCUGAGUUCACAGAAAUGUGCCCUAGAGGGAAAGGAUUUGUCCCCACUGGAGAAUCCUCUUACAACACCGGUGGUGAGAGCUAUAAAGAUGCUGAUGAAUGCCUGCUGUUUGGGGAGGAAAUCUGCAAAAAUGGUUACUGUUUGAACACUCAGCCUGGGUAUGAAUGCUACUGUAAGCAAGGGACGUACUAUGAUCCUGUCAAAUUACAGUGUUUUGAUAUGGAUGAAUGUCAAGACCCUAACAGUUGUAUCGAUGGCCAGUGUGUUAAUACGGAGGGCUCUUACAACUGUUUUUGCACUCACCCAAUGGUCCUGGAUGCCUCUGAGAAAAGAUGUGUGCAGCCAACUGAAUCAAAUGAACAAAUAGAAGAAACUGAUGUCUACCAAGAUCUGUGCUGGGAGCAUUUGAGUGAGGAGUAUGUGUGCAGCCGUCCUCUGGUGGGCAAGCAGACAACGUACACCGAGUGCUGCUGUCUGUACGGGGAGGCGUGGGGCAUGCAGUGUGCUCUCUGCCCCAUGAAGGACUCAGAUGACUAUGCCCAGCUGUGCAACAUCCCCGUGACCGGGCGACGGCGGCCAUAUGGACAGGAUGCGUUGGUGGACUUCGGUGAACAGUAUGGCCCAGAGACAAACCCUUACUUCAUUCAAGAUCGUUUUUUAAAUAGCUUUGAGGAAUUGCAGGCAGAAGAAUGUGGCAUCCUCAAUGGCUGUGAAAAUGGCCGCUGUGUGAGGGUCCAGGAAGGUUAUACCUGUGAUUGCUUUGAUGGGUACCACCUGGAUAUGGCCAAGAUGACUUGUGUCGAUGUAAAUGAAUGCAGUGAGCUGAAUAAUCGGAUGUCUCUCUGCAAGAAUGCCAAGUGCAUCAACACAGAAGGCUCCUACAAAUGUUUGUGUCUGCCAGGCUAUGUACCGUCUGACAAGCCCAACUACUGCACGCCGUCAAACACCGCUUUGAAUUUAGACAAAGAUGGUGACUUGGAGUAAAGGGGAAACUAUGUGACCUGUGCCCAUAUACUCUGCACUGUGUAAAGGAAAAGGGAGAGAUGUAUACCUAACACACGGCACCUAACCCAGAAUGGCAAAGACAGAAACAACAUGGAGUUGAAUGAACCCUAAAGACAGUGAGCAGAUGGAGCCGGAACCUGAUGGGUGUGACAGACCAAAUGGACAUUUCUCCAAAACUCCAGUAUAUAUAGUCUGUUCAUAUGUAAAAUUCAAUGGAAAAGAAGCAGGACAGGGCUGUUAUUUUAAACAGAGGUUGUAUUAUUAUCUUGUUUUGAUUUUUUUUCUUUUUUACUAUUGCUUAAAUUUGGCUUUUAAAUAGUGGUGGAGAUGUUUUAUAUGAUUUUCUUUUUGUUGUGCAGUUCCUCAGCUACUGCUUUUUUUUUCUUCAGUGUUAUUCUCAAGUUCAAACAUCUUUGAUAAAGUAUUGGUAAAGUGUAUUAUAAGUAUUAUGACACAGGGUUGUGCUGUUCUUCAGUCUGGAGCCUUUUAAAAACAAAUUGUCUGUCCUGUGGAGUAGGCAGUGAUUGUUAAGCUUUUAUAGAUAGACAUUUGGAGGUGGGGGGGGACACCUUUAUUUUCAUGUAUUGCCAUAUCUCCUAUCAAUUGGAUCCCUUUAUUAGCCUGAAAUGGAAGAACUUCUUAACCUAUAUUGGUAUUGUGAUGUGUAAAGUCAACCCAGAGAAAUUUUAAAACCUGAACAUCCCCCCAAAUAUUUACCAUUAUAUGUUAUAAGAAAAUAAAAUCACCAUUUUUUUGUAGAAAAAAAAAAGCCUGUGUGACAGAACAAGUUGUACACCCAUCCCCACCCCCAGUUCCCCCACUUUGUGUUUCUUAAUAGUUUUCCAUCACUUUGUAAGUUAGGUCUAGUUAGCUAUUGUUACAGGCUGAUAAUUGUCCUCUUAAGAUCUCUUGUUGAAGGGUUGAGUCCCAGUGCUUUAUGAUGCAACUCUGUUUGGAGACAGGCUCUCUAAGGAGAAGACAAAAGUUAAAUGAGACCAGUGGAGUUAACUGCAGUCCAAAACUAUGGGUGUCUUUAGGCACCAGGAAGUAAGGACACAAGCAAAGGAAAGACCACUCGAAGACAACAAGAGGUGACCAUCUACAAAAGAGUGAGGCCUGAGAGGAGAAGAAACCAACUCUGCCACAGAUCUUGAACUCUAGCUCCAGAAUUCUGAGAAAAUAAACUGUUGGAACCACCA